UAAGCAGUAAUGUGGCGUCAUAACCAGGAAGUAAACAUCAGUGAAACGCUGCUGCCGCCGCUGCCUGCUGCUGAGAGCUGCAUAUCAGGGACAAGCAGGGAGCCGACUCACGCUGCAGGAAUAGGACGCUUGCUGCUGCUUUCCGCCUAGCAGUGUGAAUCAUGACAGAAGAUUCUCAGAGGAACUUCCGGUCUGUGUACUAUGAAAAGGUUGGGUUCCGUGGAGUGGAGGAGAAGAAAUCCCUGGAGAUCCUGCUGAAAGAUGAUCGUUUAGAUAUUGAGAAGCUUUGUACCUUCAGUCAAAGAUUUCCUCUGCCAUCCAUGUACCGAAUUCUCAUAUGGAAAGUUCUUUUAGGAAUACUGCCUCCCCACCAGGAGACUCACUCUGUUGUGAUGGUCUACAGGAGGGAGCAUUAUGAUGAUGUCCACCAUGCUCUACAGAUUAUCCGCUUCAUUAGUGACUCCACCCCCAAGACUGAGGUGUUCCUUCACGUGUAUCACCUGGAGACAGGGAAACUCUCUAGAAGACAUAUAUACCCUUUGGAACCCGAGGAUGAAUCAUUCCUGGCCAUAGCCAGCGCAAUGGAGGAGAUGGUUGAUGAUGAUGUGGAUUGUUACUGGCUUAUCAAAAAUUUUGUUCAUCAUUUAGAUACCAGGUUUAAGGAUUCUCAGCCGCAGCUGCAGAAAGCGUUUGAGCAUUAUCUGAAUUUAGAGGACAGCAGACUUGUGACUCACCUGAAGACGUGCAAUGCAUUGGAUAAGCUUCCGUAUGACUUGUGGUUUAGGAAGUGCUUUGCAGGUUGUUUACCAGCAUCCAGCUUACAAAGGGUGUGGGACAAAGUUAUUAGUGGAUCUUGCAAGAUUCUAGUAUUUGUUGCUGUGGAGAUUCUGCUAACCUUCAAGAUGAAAGUGAUUGGUCUGAAUAAUGCAGACAGUAUUACUGUAUUUCUGGACAAAAUCCCUGAAGACAGCACAGACCCAAUAGUCAGCAAAGCUAUAGAUUUGUGGCAUAAACACUGUGGAAUACCUGCCCAUUCAGUGUGAUCGUCUGUCCUGGAUGACUGACCUCUGUACAUUUAACUUUUUUCAUUUUAUUUAUCAAUAAUUGUAUAUUGUCUAUUAUCUUUCAAAUAUGUAGAAUGUAUGAUUGCCUAUUGGAACCAAUACAUGAACUUUUUGUGA